UUCUGUUUGAAGGAGAUUCUGAACGGCCUCCUUCAUCAACUAAUAAAAAUAUCAAAAAUGGAGGGAAAAAAUCUUUCGAUAAACGACCCGCUUCUUCUCAUGGAAAUAGUAUUCCUGUUCCGACGAGCGGGUUGAUAAUGGGACUAAACUCAGAUAAUGAAGAUGAUGAAUCUUCUCCAAUCAAUAAUAUCAUGUCACCUACUGAGGAUGGUGCUCCAACUGUACCCAUAAAGGAUAAUGCUGAAGAAGAGGAAACUGGGAUUGAUCCUGAUCAGGAGUCUGGAAAGGCGGAGUUAGAUCAAAUGGUGACAGAAGUUUUAGAGAACCUUGAUGCAUUCGUUCUAGAAGCUGCACCACAGGUAUUUAUAGUUCUAGAAGCUGCACCACAAGUAUAUAUUGUUUUAGAAGCUGCACCACAGGUAUAUAUUGUUCAAGAUGCUGCACCACAGGUACAUAUAGUUCUAGAAGCUGCACUACAGUUAUAUAUAGUUCUCAAAGCUGCACCACAAGUAUAUAUUGUUCUAGAAGCUGCACCACAGGUAUAUAUUGUUCUAGAUGCUGCACCACAGGUAUAUAUGGUUCUAGAAGCUGCACCACAGGUAUAUAUAGUUCUAGAAGCUGCACCACAGGUAUAUAUAGUUCUAGAAGCUGCACCACGGGUAUAGAUAGUUCUAGAAGCUGCACCACAGGUACAGAUAGUUCUAGAAGCUGCACCGCAGGUAUAUAUAGUUCUAGAAGCUGCACUACAGUUAUAUAUAGUUCUAGAAGCUGUACCACAAGUAUAGAUAGUUCUAGAAGCUGCACCACAGAUAUAUAUAGUUCUAGAAGCUUCACCACAGGUAUAUUUAGUUCUAGAAGCUGCACCACAGGUAUAUAGUUCUAGAAGCUGCACCACAGGUAUAUAGUUCUAGAAGCUGCACCACAGGUUUAUAUAGUUCUAGAAGCUGCAACACAAGUAUAUGCAGGUCUAGAAGCUGCACCACAAGUAUAUAUAGUUCUAG